GCGUAUAUUAGAAUCAUGCUACAAUCAUGUGGAGUUGGUUUACCAUUACAGAUAUUCUGCAUUCAGACAACUAGGGACUUUGCCAGUCUCCUCCAGUCUGGGGCCACCUCUCCCAGCUGA